UAAGGUGUCCAGUUGUAUACAUACAUAGAUACAGAAGAAGACACAUGACACACAGAAGAGUCAUUAAGAAGUAUACAUUUUAGGAGAAGAUGGAGAGAGGUCAGCUAGCAGGGGGUAUUUAUUUGCAGCUCGUUGUCCUCAUUAUUACACCAGGCAUACACCAUGGGCUGAAUAUCAACCAAAUCAAUGUGACCGUCUUCAGUGGACCAGAGGACAGUUACUUUGGCUUUGCUGUGGAUUUCCAGACUACAGGCCAAGGUGUUUCUCUGGUGGUGGGAGCGCCCCAUGCAAACUCAACCCAGGCCGGGGUGAAGGAAGGGGGCAUGGUGUACCGUUGCAACUGGGCACCAGAGGGCGGUACAUGCACCAGCAUCGACUUUGACCUAGAAGGUGAUGAAGAGCACACAGUUCACAGUGGCUUAAAAAUGAAGGGUUCUAAAUCGCAUCAAUGGUUUGGGGCGACUGUGAGAACUACUGAAAAAUACAUUCUGGCAUGUGCCCCAUUGUUCCACUGGAAUGUCAUCCAGGGCCUUCAAGAUUCCCAAAACACACCAGUGGGAAACUGCCUCCUGAAGGAUGUUGCCACAAGUCGGGUGUCAGUCUACUCCCCCUGCAGAGACGUGUUUGUGGAAUCGCACUACAAGACCAACAGAUAUGAGAAUGACAAGCGCUAUUGUGAGGCCGGGUUUAGUCUGGACAUAACAAAGAACGGGGCAGUAGUGUUUGGUGCUCCAGGAAGUCUAUACUUUCAAGGUCAGAUCUUUACAGCCACUCUGGAGGAACUAGCAGCACCGAGGCGCCCCGUUUACCUCCCGUCUAAGGGUGUUGGGCGUGAAAGCUAUCUUUAUGGUUAUCAGGACACCCAUUAUGAUGCGUACAGUGGGUAUUCUGUUGCCACUGGUAAUCUCACAGGGCAUAGCAGUGGAGAUUAUUUAGUUGGCUUUCCCAAUGACCGUGGCACAUCAGGAACGGUCAGAAUUUUCAAUGGAGAUCUUGAACUAAAACAGAAACUCUUUGGAACUCAGGUAGCCGCCUAUUUUGGUUAUGCGGUCACAGUGACGGAUAUCAACAAUGAUGGGGGAGAUGACAUUCUUAUUGGCGCGCCACUUUUCAUCGAGCAGCUGGCCAAUCAGAAGCAGCAGGAGGUGGGUCGGGUGUAUAUCUACCUGCAGCAGAUCCCCUUUAGGUUCAGCCCCCGACCAGAGCAGAUGCUGACAGGCCCAGUGCCGUAUGGACGCUUCGGAACAUCCAUUGCCCCUCUUGGAGACUUGGACAAAGACGGCUACAAUGAUGUGGCUGUAGGGGCCCCAUCCACUGAUGGUCAGGGCCGUGUGUUUAUCUACAUGGGGCAGAGUGGAGGCCUCUCCCCUCAAGCCCUCCAGGUCCUGCAGAGCCCGUUCCCCGCCACACUACAUGCUCCCUCGGCCUUCGGGUUCACACUCAGAGGUGGCACUGAUGUGGACGACAACGGUUACCCAGAUCUUAUUGUUGGGGAUUGGGGUGCAAGUAAAAUUGCUGUAUACAGAACUCUUGCGGUGGUGAAGGCCAAUUCGCAGCUUACCCUCUUCCCUGAUGUACUCAACCCAGAAGAGAAAAGUUGCUCACUCACCAAAACCAAAAAGGCAGUUACUUGUUUCACUGUCAUGAUGUGCAUCAGUUUGUCAGGGCAUCGUAUCCCAAAAACACUGGACAUGAAUGUAGAGCUGCAGCUUGAUAAGAAGAAAACGGCUCUGACUCGGAGGACUCUGCUGCUCCAUAGCGGCCAGCCACAGGAGUCGACGACACGCACAAUACAAACUGCAGCCCCAAACACUUGCUUUAAUGUCACUGCCUAUCUCCGGCCAGAAUCUGAGUUUAAAGACAAGCUCAGCCCCAUCUUUAUCUCUGUCAGUUUUACACUGACUGGCCUCCAAGAUGGAAUUCUUCAAGGCCAAACCUCAGCCAACGCACAGACACACAUCAUCUUGGAUUGCGGUCCUGACAACAACUGUAUACCAGAUCUGAAGUUAGCUGCUUUUGCAGAGACAGCUCGCCUGUUGAUUGGGGAUGACAGUCCGGCACUACUGGUAAUGGAGGCAGAGAACAAGGGUGAAGGGGCUUAUGAAACAGAGCUGUAUAUCAGCCCCCCUCCCAGCACACAUUUCCAAGGCAUGGCCGCAGACAGGGAGGGUUUUAGCAGACUAAACUGUGCACAGAGGAAGGACAACGGCUCGGUCAUAAUUGUUUGUGAUCUAGGAAACCCCAUGCCAGCUGACCAUAAGCUGAAAGCUGCUCUACUCUUCAGUGUGGGGAACUUGGAAAAUGUGGACAGAGAUGUUAGCUUUCGCAUGCAAAUCAAAAGUAAGAACAGUCAUAACCCUGACAGUGAACCUGUCCUUUUGAAGAUCAAUGUGACAGCCUCUGCCACACUGGAGAUGCAAGGAGCAUCUUCACCCAUGGAGGUCGUUCUACCCAUUGCCAAGUGGGAGCCUGUGGAGUGGCCUACCUCUCUGGAGCAAAUUGGGCCAUACGUGGAGCAUGUCUACAUGUUGCGAAACCUGGGUCCCAGUUCAGUGAAUGUGAAGGUGGUGAUGGAGUUCCCUACGCAGCACCAAGAGGUCACCUUGCUCUACGCCUUUGCCUCAGAUGCAGAGAACUUCCUGUCCUGUUCGGCAAACAACGCCAGCAUGGAUCCCCACGGGCUGGUAAGAAUAGAACCUACGGCGAAUAGAACCACCCAUGGGCACCACAUCCAUAAGAGGUACGCCCGGUACAGCUCCUCUCAGAAGGCCGGACAGACCAUUCAUGUGAAUUGCUCCUCUGGGGACCCUUCUUGUGUGACGUUGCAGUGUGAGGCGAGAGGAUUAAAGAGACACGGCAUCGCUGUUGUGAAAGUCAUGGCCCAUCUCUGGGUCAACACGUUCUUAAAAAGGCCAAAUGAAGACUACAUCCUGCAGUCUACUGCCUCCUACCAGGUGGAGGGGAUGCCCUCAAAGAUCCAGCCUGAACAGCUUCAGAGCGGUCAGGAAGAUAUCUAUACCAGUGUUGUGUGGAGAGAGGAGACGAGGGAGUUGCCAGUGUGGUGGAUCAUUGUAGCUGUUGCUGCUGGACUUCUGCUGCUGGCUCUCCUUAGCUACAUAUUCUGGAAGGUGGGAUUCUUCAAACGCAACCGGCCUCCAUGUGAUGACGACGAUGAUGAUGAUAUUCAGCAUCUCAACCCUGAGACCACGUAUGAGAGUGUACAGCCAUCCCAGCUCACCUGAAUGCAAAUGCAGACUGAAGGCAUGCCAAGAUUUUGUUGUUGUAAAUGCCUCAAGAAAUAUUCUGUAUUUUCAUUUAAAUGAUCAUCUUCACAUAAAUCAUCAUUCAAUUAUCGUGUGUAUGUCGUGCCAUACAUUGCUGUCAUCCUUUGUCUCUACAUACCUUUUUUGUAUAAGACAAGAUACAAAUACAAUAUUAAAUGCUCUUUCACGCCAGAAGAUGGAAUAAGGCCUUUUCUAUCCUACUUUCAAAGCCAUUAAGCUAAAUGUGACAAUCAAUUACCCCCACACUUCUGUUUUAUUUUGUUGCGUAUUGAAUAAACAAAAGUCAGCAAUUUAAUCAAUUUACAGACAUUAUUGUGAU